AUGGCUGAAAGGAUUUCUUUUAAAACUGUAAGUAUUUAAUCAAAACAACAGCAAAUGUGUUGAUAUAUAACCUACAUGUAUGACACUAUAGUUAUAUCCCUAAUCCCUUGUGUGAAAAUGUCACGCAGUACAAACUUAUUACAUAAUAUGAUAUUUAGACAUAUAAUUCAAGAAAUAACAACAUUUAGCGAUCCAUACAUUAGUAUAAAGUAGUUUAGGAUAAUGGUCCCUAGCGCUAAAUAUUUCAAGCUUCUAGCAAUCUUUAAAGCUGAGAUAUAACGCAUGAAACUUUCACUGUCCGGAAACUGGGUAGCUACACUGAUAUAUUUGAUAUUGUACUUUUUAACGAUAAAUUUCAGUGAUAAAUUUGUACUUUCUAAACAGGAAACAGUGAACAAACUUCUUCAAGAACAUUUUACAGAUAAAAAGACCAAACGUAAGUCAGGAUUUAAGCCGCAAUAUGUACCAUUGUGCCUUAUUUUAUAGCAAUAUAAACUUCAUAAGGUGCUUUCCCUAAAAGCUUGUGUUUUCACUAGUUGCUGGUGAUGCCAUGAAAUUAAUGGCCGAAUUUAUACGAGUCUUCGUGGCAGGUACGUAUGAUUGUAGUGCUUAGAACUAGUGGCCAUAUUUUCUAAACCUUAUUUAUUUGUACAUUUUGUAAUCAACACUUGUUUAUUAACAAAACAGAGGGUGCUGCAAGAGCUGGACACCAAGCCAAAGUAUGUACCAACAUUGACUUUUAAGAAAAAUAUAUUUGUGUCUUAUAAUACUAUUGCCAAACCCCAAUUAUUAAUAAAAUACUUUUAUAUUCUCCUAUUAGACGGAAUCAGCAGUCACAGUAGAAAUUGAACAUUUGGAGAAGAUACUGCCUCAACUAGUAUGUUUUUUAUUGCUUUUGGGUGUUCAUAUUCAAGUUUGACAUAUCACUUAUAAUAACCUUGCUUUUUUAUAGUUGCUCGACUUCUAAAUGAUUCAUGCUCCAAGGGAACAAGAAUGAUAGCUGGACGAUAAAAGAUAUUUUGUAAUUAAGUUUGGAAUAAUUAUUUUAAAAAAUUUGUAAUUUUUUUUCAGUUAUAAAAUUAAUUUGAAAGGUGUUUGUGUCUUUUUUAUUGACAAACAAACAAUGGACAAAUGGCAAUGAAUUUAAUUUUUUUGCGACAACCAGGAGGCUUUACAGACACGUAAAAACGCACAAGUUGUAACAAACCUGCAGCAGACUUGUAGCAAUGCUGUUCCAACAACUUGUCAACAGGAUGUGUUCGCACUGCUUGUUCCCAGCUUAUUGACAAGUUCUCAACGGCUUGUUGACAACUUGCUACAAGGUUGUUGAGCUCAACAGACUUGUUACAAGUUGUUCCAACAACUUGUUAUCGUCCUGCAAUUCAACAAUGUGUCAACAAGUUGUGAGUGUUGUUGUGAGUGACAAUCUUGCAGCAACUUGAUAAAAUAACAGCAUUGUUACAACUUUUUGACAAACUUGCUACAAGCCUGUUGCGAACACAUCUUACAUAGAUGUUUACAUCUCAUCACUCCAUAUCAACACGGAUUUCUAAGAAAUCGCUCCUGCGAAACAUAACUUCUAUCCGUAUUCCACACCAUUGGAAAAAAUCUGGACAAGAACACACAGACUGAUAUUGUUUACCUUGACUUCGCGAAAGCGUUUGAUUCUGUUGACCAUUCUAUUCUUCAAAAACUCAAAUGUUAUGGAGUGACUGGAAACCUUCUAGGUUGGUUUGCUGAUUACCUUAACAAUCGUCGUCAGAGAGUCGUUGUGGACAGUGUCGCGUCACGUUGGGCUCCCGUUACAUCUGGAGUGCCGCAAGGGAGUAUCCUGGGACCUGUGCUCUUUGUAAUCUUUAUCAACGAUAUUCCUGAAGUGACUGAUGGAACAUCUCCAGCGCUGUUUGCAGACGACACGAAGGUUUACAAGGACGUAAGAUCGGUAACGGACUGUGAAAAGCUUCAGCAGACCUUAGAUAAGUUAGAUAUUUGGACUCAAGACAACAUAACAUUUAACGCUUCUAAAUGUAAGGUACUGUCGGUGACACGUAAGAAAGAUCCAAUUACCUAUCCCUACCACCUCGGUCGAAAUUAUUUGUCGAGAGUUGAAAACGAGAAAGAUCUUGGAGUAACCCUCUCCUACAAACUUCACUGGGAGACUCACGUUAAUGAGAUCGUGUCGAAAUCUAAUAAACAACUUGGUGUGCUAAAACGAACAUGCUUAUCAUUAACAAACGUCAACAUCAGACGUUCAUUGUACCUGACACUAGUUAAAUCACAACUCUCCUAUGCAACACAAGUUUGGUCUUCAAAUCAUCACAGUCAACUCAACAGAAGAAUUGAAAGAGUUCAAAGGAGAGCGACAAAAUGGAUAUAA